UAGUGACUGCACACCGCCUGGUGGCGUCAGUCAUCAACAUUCACCUCGCAGCAAGACGUCGAACAUUAACUUAAAAACUAAAAACAAAGCGUGCAGUGGAUGUUCAGAAGACUGUGACAUGGAGGUCAAAGAUAGAACCAGAUUCAACUGUAGAAGAGUUGCGGCGUGUUUACAAAAACGGCCGAGUGGUCUAAACUGGCAGCCUGACCUUUGUGAGGACAAGGCUGACGCAGCAUCAAGUGAAGGUCUCUUUAAGGAUGACUAUAGCAAGUCCGACCCGUUGGCCUUUAAGGUUGAUUGUUCACCGUUUAUCUCCAAACUUCAAAAUGCAGCUGAUGAUUGCAGAGAUGACAAGGAGAACGGGAAGUUGUAUGAAGAGGUCGAUGCUGCUGCUUAUGAUGCCUCUGGUGAAAGCACAUUGGUCGAAGAGGAGGAAGAGAUUCUCUUGGAUCAGGCCAAAGAACCAGAAGAAGCAGAAGAUGAAGCUCCAGUUUGGCUUAGGGACUGGCACAAAGAUCACAUGGCAGCCAUCAGCAGUGAUACCUUCGACAGCCUCCUGAAGGAGUUUCCCGAUUUCCAAGACUGUAAGAGUGACAUGGCAGCAUUCGUCCUGAUUACAAAAAUGUCCAACCCAGCUGGUCCGCCAUUUGAUUCCUAUGAAGUUGUAGCUGUGGGUGCUGGCGGUUUCAGUGGCACCAAGUGGCUCUGCUACGACGGGACAAUGCUUUUUGACUGUCACGCCAUUGUCAUCGCCAGACGAGCUCUCCAGAGGUUUCUCUACAAGCAUCUGCUGCUUUUCUUCGAUGCAGAUCCGAAGACUAGUGAGAUAAGUAUUUUCCAAAGAAGCGACGAGAGCCACCUGCUUCAGCUCAAACCCAACAUCAGUCUGCACCUCUACACCAACCAGUGUCCUGAAGGAGCAGUGAAAAACAUCUACUCUGAAGAUGGCUGCAGCUGGACCCCCAUGAAUCUGAAGUAUCAUUACAUGGGGCAGCUGGUUUCGUCCGCCUACUUGCACCCGAACCAGUGGGCCGCCAAAAUAUGCUGCAUGUCAGGAAGUGACAAGAUGUGUCUCUGGACUGUGAUUGGACUGCAGGGCUCUUCACUCACCCAUUUCAUCCACCCUGUCUACAUCACGAGCUGGGUCCUUGGAUGUGAAGGACAAAGCAGCAUCAUAUCGGACCUUAUCAACAAGCGUGUGGGUGACGACUGGGAGAGCCUUCUUCCAGUGCCAUAUCAGAAACAAAACAUAGUGUUUCUAUCUGGACGCCCAGUCGGGCCAGCAAAGCCCUCCAUCCAACCUCCCAUCAGCAUCAACUGGUGCCAUGGAGACGAAGACGUGGAGCUGGUGGACAGCAACACCGGGUUGGUUGUGGAAGACUCUCGGUCUGAGGGCAGCACCGGCGGCUCAAGCCGCCUCUGCAAAGGUGCCUUCUACUGUUAUUUCCGUAAAGUCGCCCAGCUGGCUGGACAUCAACAUUUGCAGGCUCUUGCCACAUAUCGCUGCGUCAAGAUGGACGCGUUUGUCUACCAGACGGUGAAAGCAGUGGUCAAGGACCAUCUAAUGAGCCACCACGAGGGCCCCUGGCAAUCCAAAUACAUUGUGGAUUGCUUUAGUGCUUGAAGGGUCUAGAAUUCUCCACUUCUGAGUUCAUUGUUCCCUGUAUUGUCCUAUACAUAAGGUUUCACAGUUUUCAAUGUCUGUCUUUUUCUGCACUGAUUCGCAGUUCUUUGAUGGCGACGACUUUUUGGGUGUUAAUUUAAGUUCAGAUUAUUUGAGAAGGGUUCAUUUUACAAUUAAAGUUUUGUUCUCAUAUAGCAUACAUUUAAAAAGAAACAUCUAGUUUUGUCUGCUUUUCUUAUAUUGAAAGUAAAUAUUGUCACCAAAUCAGCUCGUGAAUAAUUCUUGUUAUCUUGCUAGUAUUGAAAAAAAAAAAAAAAAUUUUUCAUGCUCAUGACUUUGUGGUGCAUAUUUUUGGCUUUAUUAUUUUCUUUAUUAUCAUGACCUUAAUAUCCAUACCCAAAUACAGUAUAACUGAUCAGUGAUUUUACUGUACAAAUGACCGAUUCAAAGACUGAUUCAGGCAAAUAAAGAAGUCACAAGGGAGGAAAGUGGAGGAUGGGACUGUCUCGACUGAGAGCGAUCUGUGUGGUGCUAAUCAUAUCAAGUCAGAACUGUGCUCCUCUGGCUUCAGAUGGACUUGCGUCAUCUCAAAUUGAACAUUAUUUCCAGAGAAACUCCACUUCCAGGGUUCGGUGUCGCCAUGGUUCCACUCAGCAGUUGCUUGGCAACCAGCUCCUCCUUGGCACUGAUGAAAGUACUCGUGUGAACAAGGGGUUCCUCCGUCCAGCCGUUGUGUUCGUGGCUCUCUGGAGAGAAACCGAUCCUGCGCUGGAAGGCCGCCUCUGCGCACGAGGAGGAGUCUCCCGGAAAGGAGCCGUGGGAGGCCGAGGUGCUGUCCGUGGAGCUGGACUUGACAGAGUGAACAGAUGGCGUUGACUGUCUUGGAACCGUGGGCCUGUGUUUUGCGACAGCUCCAACUGAUCCAGUGUGGCUCCACUCUAGAGUUGCUAUGGAGAUGGAGCCGUUGUCAUAAGGCAUCAUGAGGAGGGUUCUUAUCUGCGCUUCCAUUUCCUCCGUGUGAGCGUGUGACAUCAUCACCUGGACCUGGAACACACAGCUUUCCCUGCUGACCAUGAGAGGACGCUGAUCAUCUCCGGAAAUGAAGCACGACCAACAGACGACUGCUGCUGUUCAGUCGAUCCAGAGCUCCAGCAUUUCGUCGUCCUGCAGCUGGUGGCCCUUCCCGCGGCUGACCUCGCCCUUCAGAGUGUACUCGUAAAAACGCCCGCUCACGUUCACCAGCAGGGUGGCAGGACUGGCGUUGACAGCGCAGCUCAAGACCACGUCGGACAUGCUGGCAGGUAUGUGAACGCCAAAGCGCAGGAUG